AUGCUAAUUCACUAUCUAGAUGACUUUCUAGGCGGGGACAAAGACACAACAGCGGCUAACGCCCUACUCCAGUUGUUCAUAGAAUUAAUGCAGGAAUUAAAAGUCCCCUUAGCCCAUGAAAAAACCGAGGGCCCUACAGAGGUCUUAGUUUUCCUAGUAUUUCAUGACCAAUUCUGGCUAACAAACGACGGCGCAGAGUUAUAUACGGAUAGCGCCGGGGGAAACGGACUAGGAUUUGGCAUCUACUUCCGGGGGCACUGGGCAUGCGCCCGCUGGCCCGAAUCAUGGGAGAAGGAAGAUCGCGCGUUUCCGAAAGCAAGCACCGGAAGCGGACGCGGAACCCCAUCCCGUCCCGCCCCAUCUUUGGGAAAUCUUCAAAAAAGAGCUGACACACUUUUGCGAUGUUCUUUAGCAGACAACACGCGCAGGACAUAUACCACAGCGUUAAACGCGUUCCAAGCAUUCCUCGCGAAAUAUAACUUAAAACAAAACAUGCCGAUACCCGCACCUUAUUUAGUUUGGUUCAUAGCAUACUGUUUCGAAAAUAACUGCGCAGCGAAUACAAUAAAAACUUACGUGGCGGGUUUAAAUUACAUACACAAAAUAAACGGCUUUCAGGACAUACACUCUAUGUUUGUGGUCAAUGGGUUACUCGAAGGUUGUGUGAGAGCUAAAGGACAUUCGCGGGAUGCGAGACGCCCCAUCACAAAAUCAAUAUUGACCGAAAUCAUCGCAGCAUUGCCUAGUGUGUGUUAUAACGAAUUCGAAGCUAAGGUUUUUAAGGCAAUAUUCUCAAUGGCCUAUUUCGGCCUCUUCCGCAUCAGCGAACUGGUAGCGACCACACUUAGCGGUUCGUCUAAUCAAAUUAAGCGAAAAGACGUAGCCAUCACAACCAACGAGCAAUUCAUGUCGGUGACCUUACGAAUACAUAAAACCAGUCAGCACGGUCCACCGAUCACGUUGAAACUCCCCCGGGAAAAAACACACCCAUGUCCAGUAUUAGCUAUGUUAGAGUACCUGUCACUUAAACCUGCGGGAACAUCAGCCUUUAGUCACAGCAACGGACUUCCGGUCACUAGACAACAGGUAACCGCUGUCUUAAACAAAUGUCUAACGAGAGCCGGCCACAGUACCCAAAACUUUAAGACUCACAGCUUCCGUAUCGGCCGUGCGACCGACCUAGCCAUACGCGGCGUACAAAAGACAGACAUUAUGAAACUUGGUCGUUGGUCGUCCCAAGCAUACAAGAAAUAUAUCCGUGUGUAAGCUAGAAGGGGCGAUAUCUGGGCCUCACGCAUUACAUUCGUACAAUUAAAUAACAUUUAUUAACGAAUAGAAUAUACAAAACCCGCACUGAAAUACAAAUACAACGCAACCCUACAUUAAAUAAUUAUUUCACUCGUAACACGGUAUGUCUAAUUCUGUAAUAUAGAUAUCUGGGUUUUGGGCGACUCGCUACCCAGGCGCGCGGGACGGUACGCACAGGAGAGGGGCUCGCCGAACCUGCGGUUGCCGCGGACCAUCGCCUGGCUGGGCGUCGGGGGCAUCGGAUGGGAACGUUUCCGCAGGUCCGUAGAAUCCAAUGUCCUUUUGUGCGAGCCACCCAAAAUAAUAGUUUUGCACCUAGGCGGCAACGAUUUAACUGUGUUUCCGCUAACGAAAAUAUUUAACUCAAUUACUCGCGAAAUACGCUACCUUAGAUCCGCAUUUUCCAGCGCCGUUAUAGUCUGGGUAGAUAUACUAAAUAG